AUGGAGCUGCUCAAACUCUCCAAAUUCAAGCUUCAGCUCCGGACUCUCAUCACCGAAGUCCGAGAUCUCCGAGAGAGGGAGCGCUCCGCCACCGAGCAACUUCAUCUUCUCGUUCAGAAACAGAAGCAAACCGACGAAGAAAACGGCCGGAGGUUGCAGGAGUUUCAGGCGGAGUUAGCUUCCUCCAACGAGCUCCGGCAGAAACUCCAGAGGGAGGUUAGUUAUCUUCAGAAUGACAAUUCCUUGCUAGAGAACAAGCAAAAGGAGUUGAAGGCGACGAUUCACAGCUUGCUUCAAACUAAGGAGACUUUUGUCAAUGCUUAUGAGGAAUCCACCUGUGAAAUGAAACGCGCAAUUCAAUGCAGAGAUAGACAAAUUGCUGUCCUAUCAGAGAAGAUAAAAUCACAUCUAUUGCUGUUUGAUUCGAUAGAGAAGGAGGCGGUUUCUGUAAAGAAAGUUGUGGAUGAUGUGCAACACCUUGUGAGUGAGAAAGAGGAAGUAGUGGCUGGCUUAAAGAGCAAAAUGGACACUGUUUCCACAUUCGAGAAAGUAUUUAUUGAGAAGAUAUGUGAACAGGAAAAAGAGCUCAGAAGUUAUAGAGAUGAGACUCGGAGAAAGGAUAAAGUCAUUUCAGAACUAGAAUCACAGCUCGAGGCAGCAAAAAUUAAUAAUAGCAACAAGAUACAAAUGGAAGAGCUACAGAAAAUUAUAUCAGCCAAGGAUGUGGUCAUACAGAGUUUGGUUUCAGAAAAACAGGGCUUGCAUUUUGAAGUCGAAAGUUUGGGAACGGUUUUGAGGAAGAUUCAAGAUACUAUUAGAAGUAUGAAUCAAGAGGACAAAAGGGUAUUCUCUUCAAUAUUGGAACACCAAGAAGGAUGCAAUAUGAAUUUGGCGAAGGAAAAUAAUAGGAUUGAAGAUGUCAUCCAGAUAAAUAUAGACAAAGCUCAAGAAGAGGAUUACAGGGCUGCCGCAGGAGGAAAUACAGCUUCACCUCUACCUCAGAAGUGCAAGUCAGUUAGCAACAACUUAGAAGAGAAUAAUAACUUGGGCUCCUGUGUGUCAGAGACAGCUUCGUCAAACCCUCAAUUGCGAGCUCCUUCCCUAAGUGUAUUAUCAAAUGAUAUAAAGGGUAACUGCACAGCGUCAACGCAUAUAGAUUCAGAAUGCUCAUCUACUCAAGCCGAAAUCUCACAUGAUCAAAAUGAGGUUCAUGUAUAGUAUCAUCAUACCAUUUUAACCAUGUGAGUAAUCUUAACUAUAGAAGCGUAAUAGGAGGAUGCAAAACACUACAAGCCGGUGUCAGAAAUCAGGAGCUAAUUGAAGCCCGGCUGUAAAGACUACUGUUCUGCUGAAUAUUGAUUCAUGAACGCUCAACAACACAGUUUCUUCAGCAAAUAGGUAACUCUUUU